GGCUUGGAGGAGGAUAAAGCUGAGUUUAGGCUGGAAACUAAAAGACUGAUUGUUUUUUGGUACAACUUGCCCUGUUCCUCUUCACUUCCUUUAGUUUCGCUUCAUGGACAGAUCAACAAACCUGGACAUUGAGGAACUCAAGAUGACACGAGAACAGUACAUACUAGCAACACAACAAAAUAAUCUGCCAAGGGCUGAGAAUGCACAACUUUACCCAGUGGGAAUUUAUGGAUGGCGAAAGAGGUGCUUAUACUUCUUUGUCCUUCUGCUGUUGGUUACCAUGAUAGUUAACUUAGCCAUGACAAUUUGGAUAUUGAAAGUGAUGAACUUCACCGUGGAUGGUAUGGGAAAUCUGAGAGUCACCAAGAAGGGAAUCCGACUUGAAGGUAUAUCUGAGUUUCUACUUCCAUUGUAUGUGAAAGAAAUUCAUUCCCGAAAGGAUAGUCCACUGGUCUUACAGUCUGACAGGAAUGUAACAGUGAAUGCAAGAAAUCACAUGGGGCAGUUAACUGGACAGCUGACAGUAGGAGCUGAUGCUGUGGAAGCUCAGUGUAAAAGAUUUGAAGUGAGAGCAAGUGAAGAUGGCAGGGUGCUGUUUUCUGCAGAUGAAGAUGGGAUUACCAUUGGGGCUGAAAAGCUGAAAGUUACAGGCACUGAAGGAGCAGUGUUCGGGCACUCUGUUGAAACACCUCACAUCAGAGCAGAACCUUCCCAAGACCUCAGGCUUGAAUCACCAACCAGGUCCUUGAUAAUGGAAGCUCCCCGGGGGGUCCAGGUGAGUGCCGCAGCUGGAGACUUCAAGGCUGCCUGCAGGAAGGAGCUCCAUUUGCAGUCCACAGAGGGGGAGAUAUUUUUGAAUGCGGAUACAAUCCGGCUGGGAAACCUGCCAACCGGCUCUCCUUCCUCUUCUUCACCCAGCCCCUCCCACUCUCGGCAGACAGUGCACGAACUGUGUGUCUGCCCCAACGGCAAACUGUACCUGUCUCCAGCUGGGGCCGGGUCUACCUGUCAGUCCAGUAGCAACAUCUGCUUGUGGAGCUGAACUGACUGAUUUCUCCUCACACCAGAAUAGCCUUUUGUUCCCGUGCGUCUCCUUCACAGUUCUGCUCCGUUUCC